CGAAGUGGUUUUUCACGUUUUUAUCCUCAGAUUUUAUAAUUUAUUUGUAGAAGUUAGAGGCCAAAAGCAUGUCAGAACAACAGAAGCAGUUGAUUGCGUCUCACAAUACAAAUAUUCUAUUAUGCAGCAUUCCCAACAAAAACAAAAUCCACAAACCGCAAAGUUGUAGUAACAAAACAUUUGAACAGGCUUAUCGUGACGCCCUCGAACAAUUGAAUGCAGCCGCGGUUAAUGUAUCUGGGAACAAACAAUGUCAUGAGAGAAAGGCGAAAUUACAGCACGUCAAUUCUAUAUACAAUGCAGAAAAUCCAGCAACUUCUGUUAUAAACAGAAACCCAUCCAUAAAGAAUUUUCAUUCCUCAAGAGAACAAUAUACAACUACUAUCUAUAACAUCAACACUAUCAAUUUGGUAGAGAUGUUAAAACAGCGAGAACGUAAUAUUGGAACAUCUGAUAAACAAUUUGAAAAGCCAGUUCCGGUUUCACCAGGGAAUAAGUUAAAGUUUAUUGAAGAAAGUAGCAAAUAUCGUCAGACUUUUUCAAAUGCUUUUGCAAACCAUUUAUUGGAGCAAACAAAAAAUGCUGUUUAUCAGGUCGCGUACGUUCAAGAUAAUCUGUCUAAAUCAUCAGAUUCGGAAAAUUGUGCAGAAAUUGGCGAUAGUAUGCGUGCUUUCCCAGACAAACAGAGAGAUACGUCUAUUCGAUUAAAAUUGGAACCAUCUCUUAUUCAAACUACUAAUCAGAAACUCUAUAACCAGCUUUACAAUCAUAUACCACAUUCACCUUCAAGUUUUUUACCCAACGUAGCUGAUGUUGAAAAUAGAUCAAAAAUACUUGAAAACGAAAAAAAAUCGAAAAUAUCUUCGCCCGCUCCAAAUCAUAUUUAUGGUAAACCUGCCAUUUCCAUUACGUCAAGUACCUCAUCUACCGGACACAUCAUAAAGGAACUAAAUAAAAAAACGUGUUUGGAUUUUGAAACAAGCAUCAACCAAAUCAACGUGGAGCCUCCACCAGCCCAUUCAUCAAUAAGCAUAAAAAUAGCUCCCUCAUCAAAUGUUUUUGUCCCGCCGAUGUCAGCAUCGGUUGAGAAACCGAAAAUGGACAGGUUACCUAACUCCUUUUACAAUAAUACACAAACAGCUCAAAAUCCUUCUGUGAUCUCCGAUGCGGUAUUGAACUUAGAUACGAAAAUUUCAAUGUCAUUGGAAGCUGUGUCACGAAAGAACACAUCCAAAUCCAUAUUUUCGCAAUUUUCCGUUGGACAGAAUUCGAGUAUUAUUCAAAAAACGGACAACAGUCAUAGAUCAAUUCCUUUAAAUACCUCAUUGUUAAAACGCUAUUCAAAAAUCAAAGUUACUAAUGAUACAAUGAGGUUGAAAGAAUCUACGAUUGAACUAAAUGAAAACAUGAGAAUUAGUGAACAAAAAACGAGACUUUUGGAGCUUUUGCAGAACGCUAACGGGCAAGACAAAUGUCACGAUGUGGAAGAAAAUGGGAUAAUGCAUACGAAAUCAUUAAGUGUUCGAUACAAAAAUGCGGCAGUCAGUAAAUCAGCAAUCUCGAUGCGUAUGAACUACACAAAAAAAAUAAGUGACCAGCAGAAAAUAAGGACAGCUAACUCCGAAUUUAACAGCAAUAAACGCUUUAAACCACGCGACAUAUCAGUAGAAUCGCGAAAAAUAACGAAACGUAAAAAUAAAACCAGACUUCCAUCAUCCAAGAACAAGCGAAAGCGGAUAGUAAUAGAAUAUUCUACAGAACCAUAUUUACAAAAUGGUCCUUGUUAUCAAGUUGCUCCAAAAUUACCGCGAUGUCGCGAAUGUGGUCGUUCUGCUGCAGCCCGAUCUAGAGCAUCAGCUAAUAUAUUUUGCCGGUUCAUUGCGUUCAGAAAGCUAAGACGCAAUCAUGAAGGUCGGUUAGAGGUGGUAGGAUUUGCGAAUCCUAAUAUAGAUCCUCAGGACUUCGAUACCAGCUUGUGGAAUGCUAAUUUAACAAAAGUGCCUAGCGACUUGUCCGUUGAGAAAUCAAAAUUUCUUCUCGGACAAGUCGGAUAUAAAUUUUGUGAGCUGUUUCACCAAGAAAAGGAGGCAUAUUUUGAGCACAUGGCGCAAGAUAAAACUAUAGCUUGGAAAAAAGCGGUACAAGGUGUUCGAGAAAUAUGCGAUGUAUGCUCCACAACUUUAUUCAACUAUCACUGGGUUUGUUCAGUUUGUGGGUUUGUUGUUUGUAUCGAUUGCUACAAGGGUCGAAAACACGGCUAUAGUAGGCAUGAAGCUAGUUUUAGAGAUCGGGACGAGUACAUGUGGUUACACUGCAGUAAUAGACAACCCCAUCAUCAACAAAAACUGCUACUUACACAAAUAAUUCCGAGCAAUUGUUUGUAUAAGUUGGUGAGACAGAUGCAUGGUAUAUGUGCUUUGUUGGAAGUACCGCUCAAUUGUGAGUGCCCACUUAGUAAAGAAUCGCUCUUUCGAAAAAUUAAAGAUAAACUUGAAUUUAUGUACCCAGUCAAAGAAACACAGAAGUCGAAAAAGUAUGAAGUGCAGACCAUUGACUAUAUGCAUGAUAAGAAUGAAAAUUUGGAUGAAGAUUUUGAUGAUAAAACCAUUACAAAAAUGAUAUCAAUUACAAUUAAAAAUAUCGAAAGCAUGUUAAGUGAAACCAGCAAAGAAACGGUGCGUUGCAAAGUAAUAUUCGGAAGGGAAUUAAGCGUAGAUAAAAAUUCUGAUGUAGAAUUUUUAAAUAGACGAGAGAAACAAAGUUAUGAUUUUGAAGGGUUUCAGAACGAUAUUAUGAGUGAAAGCGAUGUUAAAGCAACUACAAAUGAAAUAUUCUUCAAAGACAGAAAUGUCACCGAGUGCUUUCAGACUAUUAACUAUUCAUUAAGCACUGAAAACAAAGAAAACAGCAAUAGUGGUUUAUCAGAUGACAAGUGUGCAUUUAAUGUUAUCGAAGUUGCGAAAACUGAUUUAUUCGAGACACCUGAGAACAACACCGAAGCUGCUAAAGGGUUACAAGACAGGCCAUUGCCGAAUAUGUUUGUAAAACAAGAGAUUGAAGCUAUGUACAAUGAAGAGCAUCGAUUUAAAUCAUCUCCAAACCUUGAUUGGAAAACAUUUAAUAUGAUAGUGAAACAAUUGCUGAAGUUUGAUAAGGUCUUUAACAUUUCUGGUCUUUUUGAAAAACAUUUGACAGAGAAUUAUUUAGAAUCGCAAAGUCUUGUCGAUUUUACAGCAGAAAUUGAAGUGAAACAUGCGAAUAUUCAGAGAUUUCUGCAUGAUUUUUUAAAUCAAUUUGUGUUUAUAACGGGCCACGACGAGAUGGAUAAUAUAAGCAACGUUCAAAUCUUGGAAUACAAUAAGCAUAUAAAGACUGGAUUAGAGUUUCGGAAUAAGGGAGAACGUAUAACUAAUCUGGAAGAGUCACAGAAACUAUAUCCAAAUGUUGCUCACCAGUGGCUUUGCAAUGGUCGUUUACUUCGAUUGUUAGAUCCUCUUAACGAUAGAAAUUAUUCCGCUUUUCAUGAUCAGUGGGAACGUGGACAACCAGUCAUGAUAUCUUACGUAUCAAACAAAAUGGAUAUAAAUUUUUGGUUGCCAAAAUCAUUCGCAAAUGAAUUUGGAGAAGAAGUGAAUGAUCUUAUUAAUUGUCUAAAUGGAAAACUCGUGAAGGAGCAAAAAAUGAAAAUAUUUUGGGAUGGUUUCGAAAAGAUUGGAAGUCGAUUGUUGGAUGAAAGAGAUCGUCCAAUGCUUUUAAAAUUAAAAGAUUGGCCCCCUGGUGACGACUUUGCUGAAAUGAUGCCUGACCGAUAUGCUGAUUUAAUGAAAUGUCUUCCUUUGGCUGAGUACACACGCCGCGAAGGACGUCUUAAUUUGGCCAGUCGAUUAUGUAAUUUUUUUGUUAAGCCUGAUUUGGGCCCAAAAAUGUACAGCGCCUAUGGCUCAGCUCUGCACCCAUCUAAGGGGACGACAAAUCUUCAUUUAGAUGUAUCCGAUGCGGUAAACGUUAUGGUGCACGUUAGUGUUCCUUCUGAUGUAGAUGAAAAUAAAUAUAUUCAAAAAGUGUAUGAUGCUAUACAACGAGAAGAAUGUGACAUAUUCACUUGUCAGAGAGUUCGUGAGAAAAAUGAUUUACCAGGUGCUUUAUGGCACAUUUAUCAUGCUCAAGAUGCUGACAAAAUUCGUUCCUUAUUAAAUAAAAUAGAAGUUGAACGAGGCGGCAGUAUAAAGGCGAAUCACGAUCCUAUUCAUGAUCAAAAGUGGUACUUGGAUGCCAAUUUGCGUAAACGAUUAUUGCAUGAAUAUAAUGUUGCUGGAUAUGCAAUUGUACAAUGUGCUGGUGACGCGAUUUUUAUACCGGCAGGAGCACCACACCAGGUUCGAAAUUUGCACAAUUGUAUCAAAGUUGCAGAAGAUUUCGUUUCUCCUGAAAAUAUAUCGUAUUGUUUUAAAUUAACCAACGAAUUUCGUCAUCUAACCAAUACGCAUUCUAAUCACGAAGACAAAUUACAAAUAAAAAAUAUAAUUUAUCAUACAGUUAAAGACUCCAUAUCGUGCUUGGCCAAUCCUCUAAUAAUGACUAAAGAUAAAAUAGAAUUACUGUAAAGUAUAUUUAAUAUAGUUAAAAAAAAUAUU